AUGCUCCGCAACUGCGAGGAGGUUUGUGAGCAGUAUCCUGAUUUUGGCCGACGUAUUCGACGCGCCCGUGCCUUUCUCGAUGUUUUCAAUCAUGAUGUUGUUCCGUCGCUUGGUGCUAGUGCAGUAUCUGACUACAAGUCUAGCUUUGUCGUUGAGGACAUCUUGAGCAAGCUUAAGGAGUCCAAGAUCGCCACCACUUACGAUGCAAAAUGUGAAGAGCGCAGUUUCGAGCCACUCCGAGCUAUUGUGAAACGUCUUAAGGAAUCGGCCAAGAUCACCGCAGUGUUACCUUGCAACAAUCCUGCGAAGGAUUUCAACCCAAAGAUCAGUAAUACGUAG